UCCUUCCCAAAAGGGAAACUAUGACAGGCCCAGUGACUGGCUGAGCGAACCUUUUUUUUAUGCGUUUGGGAGUGACUGAUUAACCAGUUGUGGUGGCCUUAUAUCACUCUGUCUUUGAUUUGCCGCCUCGGGACUCUAUGCUGCAUUUUUAUUGUCCAUUUGUUAGACUUGCAACCGAAGCCCAGCUAUGGUUUACUUCCCCUCCCUGACCAAGUGCACCCGAAAGGGCAGGUGCCUGGUGCUGCUGCUGCUGUCUCUCUGUGUGCUGGUCUGGAUCUCCACGUUUGCCAGUGACACACUCAGAUCUGCCCAGGUGGCUCCCAAUCUGUCUCAGGUGUUAAGAAAUGAGCUGUUCUUGAAAAUCAAAUCGACAACCCCGUGGGGAGCUGAACCGGAACCAGAGCUGGUAUCAGAACCAGUGACGUCUGAGGACGACGUCCGUGACCCGAAAGAAAACUGCCCCGAGAAGUCCCCACUGCUCAUUGGAGCGCAGAAACUCACGUUUGAGCCCAAACUGACUCUGAAAGAGGUGGAGAAGGACAAUGAGGUGGUGGCGGAGGGUCAUUACGAGCCUUCUGACUGCAUCGCCCGGCAGAGCGUAGCCAUACUCAUCCCUCACAGAAACAGAGAAAGACACCUCCUCUACCUCCUACAUCACCUCCACCCGUUCCUGCAGAGACAGCAGCUCCACUACGGCAUCUAUGUCAUCCACCAGGCUGGUGAAGUCACGUUUAACCGGGCGAAAUUAUUGAACGUGGGCUACCUGGAGGCCCUGAAGGACUAUACCUGGGACUGCUUCAUCCUGCAUGAUGUGGAUUUGGUCCCAGAAAAUGAUCAUAACCUCUACAUGUGUGACACACAGCCCAAACAUUUAGUAGUGGGCAGGAACUCCACGGGGUACAGGCUACGAUACAAUGGGUACUUUGGGGGAGUGACGGCCAUGACGAGGGAUCAGUUUUCCAGAGUUAACGGAUUCUCCAACACAUACUGGGGCUGGGGAGGGGAAGAUGACGACCUCCGCACCCGGGUCACGCUUCAGAACAUGAAGGUGGUGCGGCCCCCCAAAGAGGUGGCGCGUUAUACCAUGAUAUUCCACCACAGAGACAGUGGGAACGAGGUCAACAAAGACAGGGGCCGUCUGCUCACGCGCACCUCCAGGGUGUGGAGGACGGACGGACUGAACUCCUGCACGUACAAAACCAUCGCGCUGGAACGCCAGCCCCUGUAUGUCAACGUGACCGUGGACAUCGGCGUUCCCGGCGCAGCCCCCUGACGGCGGGCACAACGGAGCCCACAGCCCUCCUCCCGUGAACGCUGGACUGACGGACAAACGGACACGUGCGCCUCGUGCUUUGCCGGAGGCCUGAUACGACUCCACAAGUGACCCUGUUGAUCCUGUAUAUCAUGGCAUAUCUUAGAGUGCUGAUCUAGGAUCAGUUUUUGACAAUACUAAUAAGCACAGCUGUAUGGAUGGAGAUGAGUUGGUCCGAGACAUUUUGCUCUGACUGAGAGAUGUGUCAUUCGUAAAGGCCCUGGUGGACUUGUCUUAGGUUAGGCCCAGUAGACCUAGAACAGAAGCGGUGAUCUGGGAACAGGUGCAGUGAGAGUGCCAGGUGUGUAGGU